CUGAAACGCGUCGGUUGUUCGUAUAGAGUGCGCGCUCGUUUCUCGGUCAGCCGUUGGCGAGUUCUCAGUGAGAGAGAAUAACAGAGUUUUUUUCGCUUUUGGCCAACUAACGUUAGUUUUGGGCCGCCAAGCAAAUCGAAGUACGCAGGCAACACUAAUCACCAGCAACAAAACCGACAACAAUAACAACAGCAAGUAUUAGAAAAGCCAAACAGCGCCACAUGCAAAUUCACAGGAAAAGCCAUACACACACACGCACACGCACACACACCAAGUAUUAGCUGUAGAGGAGCUGCAGAUACAAUUGCCAGAUAAGUUCUGCUGCACAGUGGGACGAAAGCGUGUGUCUAUUUGUUUAUUGUGGCAACUGGAAACUGGAAACUGGAAACUGGAAAUCGCAGAGAGAGAACGUGAGACGUGCCACAAGAUGCCACAAAUGCUGCCCAAUUCGAUAUCCAAGUGCUGAGCAACAAUAAUAUUAUUAUUACCAAUAUUAUUAUUAGUAGUAUCUUUGGAGUGUUGUGCGAACCAGCCAAAUUCACACAUUCUAAUAAGUAGCUCGAAAGCAUAAAUAAAAGAUAUUCGAAAUACGAACUCGAGCCAACAGAGGUGUCGAGUGCAUCGUCCAGAUACCAGACCGAGAGUAGCCCGCAACAACUGUUGCCCCCUCUUCGUGUGUCCGCAUAGACGUAGGUCGUGGCCAAGGUGUUCAAAGGCAAACGAAGCGGCAGCCGCAACGAGGUGUACACAUUCGGCACCAUGGAGGGCGGUUACGUAAACGAAGAGGAUUCCGAUGCCAUAAUGGGCGUGGAAAGUCCAGGCGGUCAGCUGAAGACGAAAAAUGGACAGAAAUAUGUUUUCAAUGGACCGCCAUCGGGUGUCUAUGUUUCUAAGGCGUGUUUGAUCAUCUCGGCCUUUAUUAUGGUGGCAGCUCUUAUAUCCUCAGUGCUUCUCACCUACUUCCUCGCCUCGCCAAAGCUGCCGAUCAUGGAGCCCAGCGCCCAGGCACAGUCCAAGGAUCUUCAGAGUCAUGAGAACGAUGCAACGAGCGAUUCGCACGCAAAUGCAACGCCCUUGGCAAAUGCCAAGUUCGACAUACCCGGCUGGCUGAAGCAAAAGGAACCCAUAACGACAUCCAAGCCAGAAAUACCCGUAGUCGUACCGCCCGUGGGCGAUAUACCCGUCCAGGAGGAGACGCUGGACACCAAUGUAAAGUCAAUGGAACGCACGCUGCAGCUCUACGAGGGCUGGCGCCCACUACACUACAGAAUUGUCAUUGAGCCAAAUGUCGUGUCGUCCGCUAACAAUGGCAGUCUGUCCAUUGAAAUCGAACGUGAUCCCAAGGUCAGCAGCUGGGAGCCCAUUGUUCUGGACGUGCACAACGUGAGCAUCUCAAAUGUGCGCGUGAUACGAGCUCCCGUUGCCAACGGCAGCGAUGAGGUGGAUCUGGAUUUCGACAGCGACUAUGGGGAGAACAAUGCCACGUUUGUGAUUAGACUGGCCAAGGAUUUGGCAGGCGACUCUAAGCUGCGAGUGCUGUUGAGCCUGGACUUCGUCAGCCAGGUGACAGAUACGCUGCAGGGCAUCUACAAGACCAGCUACACCAAUCCAGACAACAAGCAGUUGCAAUGGGUCAUCAGCACUCAGUUCUCGCCCAUUGAUGCUCGACGCGCUUUCCCCUGCUUCGAUCGUCCCGACAUGAAGGCCAACUUUACCAUCAGCAUCGUUCGGGAUGUCAAGAAGACAAUGUGUCUGUCCAACAUGCCCAAAUAUCGUAGCAGCACCCAUCGUCUUGGUUAUAUACGCGACGACUUCCUGACCACGCCCCGCAUGCCGACCUACCUCUUGGCCUUCAUUGUCUCCAAUAUGGUUGACUCACGCUUUGCUGAUUUGGACAGCAGCCUGGUGCCGCGCGUGGAGAUCUGGACGCGGCCCACAUUUGUGGACAUGACCAACUAUGCUUACAAGAUGGUGCGCAAAUUCCUGCCCUACUACGAGGAGUACUUCGGCAUCAAGAAUAAGCUGCCAAAGAUUGAUUUGGUUUCGGUGCCAGACUUUGGCUUUAGCGCCAUGGAGAACUGGGGCCUGAUCACCUUCCGUGACUCGGCGCUGCUGGUACCCGAGGAUCAGGAGCUGGCCUCCUCGUCGGAGCACAUGCAGUAUGUGGCACAGAUCAUAGCCCACGAGCUGGCGCAUCAGUGGUUCGGCAAUCUGGUAACGCCCAAGUGGUGGGACGAUCUCUGGCUGAAGGAGGGCUUCGCCUGCUACAUGAGCUACAAGGCGCUCAAUCACGUGCAUCCUGAGUUCCAGAUUAUGGAUACCUUCACAGUGCUGGAAUUCAAGGAGUCGAUGCAACAUGAUGCCACCAAUACCUCGCAUUCCAUUUCCUUUGAUGUGAAGACUUCGAGUGAUGUGCGACGCAUCUUUGAUCCCAUUAGCUACUCGAAGGGCACGAUUUUGCUGCGCAUGUUGAACUCCAUUGUGGGCGACGAGGCCUUCCGUGCGGCUACCCAGGAUCUGCUCAAGACUUUUGCCUACGAGAACAUGUCACGCGACGAUCUCUGGGCAUUCCUCACACGACAUGGCCAGGCUAAGGGCACGCUGCCCAAGAACAUGAAUGUCAAACAGAUCAUGGACUCAUGGAUAACACAGCCGGGCUAUCCUGUGGUGCAUGUGGAGCGCAAUGGUGCGGAUUUGGUGCUGCGACAGGAGCGCUAUCUGCUGCCCGCUCGCAAUCCCCUGGACAACAGUCGCUGGUUCAUACCCAUUACCUAUGAGACGGACGAGCUGCAUAAGGGCGAUAAUAUACCCACGCACUGGAUGACCCAGGACCAGGAGCAGCUGGUGGUCAACGGCGUCUUCACCUCGACCAACAACAGCGACAACGUUGUCUACCUGAACCUGAAUAGGCAGAGCUACUAUCGCGUCAACUACGACAUGACCUCCUGGCUGGCCCUGAAGAAGAACUUCAGCACACUUCCACGUAUCACACGCGCUCAGCUGCUGGACGAUGCACUGCACCUCUCACAGGCGGAGUACCUGCCCUACGAUAUACCUUUGACUUUCUUGAUGGAGCUCUUCACGGCCAUCGACGAUGAGCUGUUGUGGAGCGCAGCCAAGCCGGGUCUCAACUAUCUCAUCUACAAUCUGAAGCGGGAGCCAGCAUAUGAGACCUUUAGGGCCUUCAUGAAGUUCAUAGUGCGUCCGGCCUUCGAUCAUUACGGCCUGAAUGAGCCGGACAACGAGUCGCAUCUGCAGCUGAAGCAUCGAGCUCUGGUCGCCAAUUUCGCUUGCAAGUUCAACUACGAUCGCUGCACGCAGGUGGCACAGAUGAAGUUCCGUGAAUGGAUGCGCGAUGCCAAAAAGAAUCCCAUUAAGCCCAAUCUGAAGUCGGUCAUAUAUUGCACGGCCCUAGCGGAGGGCUCGUACCCCGAAUGGUAUUUCGCCUACAAGCAGUACAAGAGAACGAACAGUGCCUCUGAGAAGGAGGAGAUACUCACAUCCCUAGGCUGCACCACCAAGCCCUGGCUGCUGUCCAAAUAUCUGAAUUUGACUGUCAACUCUACGUCGGGCAUACUCAAGCAGGACGGCGCCUUGGCUUUCCGUGCCGUCGCCUCCAAUGCCAUUGGCUAUGAGAUAGCCUUUGAUUUCCUCCAGACCAACAUCAAGGAGAUAGCCGAAUACUAUGGCGAUGGCUUCUCGACGAUAACGGAGAUGAUUAAGUCGCUGACCAUCUAUAUGAACAAGGACUACCAUAAGCAGCAGCUGCAGGCUUUGGCCGCCAAUUGCCGUAAGCUCGGCCUGAAGGCCGUCGAAAUUGCCAUAGGGCUGGCCAUGGAGCAGGUGAACGACAACAUCUAUUGGCGCACCCACUCCUACGACAGCCUCAAAGGCUUCCUCGAGGGCAUUGUCAGCGAGUUCCAGAUCAACAUCUUCUAAGCCACUCAACGUGGUCUGUGCAGCUCUUUAACCAAAUGCUACUUUUUAUUCAACGGCCUCAAUAUAAUUUUAGCAAACAAAAAAACACAAUAUAUGAAACGAAUUAUUUGCGAAAAGUGAUAUAAACGUGUAAGUUAGCCAACUUAGUUAAGAUACCAAGCAUCUAUAGAACUAUAGAUCUUCUACUUUUUGCAAGUAUAUGUAUAUUUAUUUAAUUUAUAAGUUCGUUCUGCUUCAGUCUGUUGUAAUUUAUUUUUGAGUUUCUCGUCACGUUCCUGUCUUGAAUAGAAAUCGAAGGAAAAACUAUAGUUUAUUAUCACGACAAUAGCCAAAAAGAAGGAAGAAGGAAAAAGAAAGCAAGAAAGAAAAUCAUUUCAUUCCGUCUGUCAAAAGUUGAUAAAAUCAUCAAAACUUUUCCUAAUGCUGCUUGGGUAAAAUAUUAACAAAUGAAAUACACUUGAAACUCUACUACUAAGCCAUUUAGCCCUAAGUCAAACAACAUUAAAGUAAUAAAUAUCUUAAACUUGUAUUAAGUCCAAAAAGAAAACCGAAAAACUUUUCCCAAGAGCUCGGAAUUAUAGUUUUAAUUUUUGCUCUCACAAAGGAUGAACGGAAUGCUGCCUUAAGUGGAAAGUGGGUGGAAAAUGAGUGUCCUUAACGCAAAGUUUCAAAGUAUUGCGGAAGUUAAACCUACAUACAUACAUAUAUAUAUAAAUAUAUAUAUAAACUAAUUAAUGUUAAUGUAAAAGUUAUCUAUUAUGGAUUUUAUAAUGCGUAACACUAAAUAUAUAUUCGCUUAGUG